AUGGAAAAUGAAACUCUGGUGACUGAGUUUGUUUCCGUGGGCUUGACAAAUCGCUUCCAGCUCCAGGUUGUUCUUUUUGUGAUAUUUCUCUUGGUUUAUGUUGCCACUUUUCUGGGAAACUUGGGGAUGAUCACUUACAUUUGAAUGGAUUCUCGACUCCAUAGCCCCAUGAGCUUUUUUCUCAGGCACUUGUCCUUUGUGGACGUCUGUUCUUCUUCUGUUAUUGGUCCCAAGAUGUUAACCGACAUCUUUGUGGAGAAAAAAGUCAUCUCUUUCUUUGGUUGUGCGGCCCACAUCUGGUUUUUUGGUCAUUGUGUAGUGACUGAAUGUUUCCUCCCAGCUUUCAUGACAUAUGACGGGUAUAUGGCCAUCUGUAAGCCCCUAAUGUGUACACUCAUUAUGUCUCAGCGAGUCUGUGGGCAGCUGGUGGUAGAUCCUUAUACCGUGGGCCCUAUAAGCACCAUGAUCCACACAACUUUCAUCUUUCGCCUGUCUUACUGUGGUCCAAAAAUCAUCAAUCACUUCUUCUAUGACCUUCUUCCUGUUCUCUCCCUGGCAUGUGCAGACACACGGGUCAAUGAAGUUUUACUUUUAAUCUUGGCUGGAGCUCCAGGAGUACCCAACAGCUGGAUCAUCUUGGUCUCCUACAUAAUUGUCAUCACUAUCCUGAGGAUCCGUUCUGCUGAUGGGAGGCGGAAAGCCUUCUCCACCUGCACUUCACACCUGACUGCUGUCUCCAUCCUUUAUGGGACACUCUUCUUCAUCUAUGUACGUCCAAGUUAUAGUCUCUCCCUGGAUGUUAAUAAAGUUGUUUCUGUGUUCUCUACAGCCGUGAUUCCCAUGUUGAACCCGCUUAUCUAUAGCCUGAGAAACAAAGAGGUCCAAGAUUCAUUGAGGAGGACUUUUGAAUGGAAGAAGUUCCUUAUGGAUAAGUAA